AUGGUAAACUGCUGCCUUUUAACUCCCUUCCCUGCUUCUACUAGUGCUGACCAUGCCCCCAAGAUUCCUUUGAUUCCUGUCGUUGCUGGGCUAGCCGCUGUCGCUGCACCCGCGAUAGUUACUGCACCAAUUCUUGCCGUAUUGGGAUUCGGUGCUGCUGGGCCCGUUGCUGGGUCUGCUGCUGCCAUAGCUCAGGGCGUAAUUGGUAAUGUUGUCGCUGGCAGUCCCUUUGCUAUUGCGCAGAGCGCUGCAAUGGGCGGAUAUGGUGCCGCAAUUGUCAACGGAGUUGUUCAAGGUGGCGGAUUGCUCCUUACUGGCAUCUCCAGUGCCGAGUGUCUGAUGUCGGGUUGCGGAAGGGACGAGAUUUGA